UCAUAUAUAUAUAUAGUAUAAACUUAAAAUAAUCUUUAGAUAAAUAGAGGCUACACAUUUCAAAAUUUGUUUGUUAUAGUUUGGCUUUAAUAAAAUAAAUUGUAAUGAGAAGUAGCUUCAUCAAAGAACAAUCACAUCACACAUACUUACAUAGUAGAUAUUAGAUUAGAUGGAGUAGUAGAGAGACGGAUAAAAGAGUGCAUACAAGAAGCCUAGUCCGCGGAGCACAGUAUCAUUAUCAAAUUGACAAAGAAACCAUAGAAGAACAACCACUAACCAGGCCAGCUUCGGCAAUAUCGAAUUUUCCCCUCAAAUUUCAGUUCUUUUUCUUGCCCCACCCCCCCCCCCCCCCCCCCCCCCCCCCCCAAAAAAAAAUCUGAACUUGAACUUGUAUUGGAUAUUUUCUUUCAUCAAUCAACAGAACACCAUAGAAGAUGUCUUCCAUCUCAAACUCUCUCGUCUUGGCUCGUAACUCCCCUUCCCAGCUUUCUUCUGGUUCUUCUUUCAAGCAUUCAGAACUUCGAGUCUUGUGCCCCACCAACUUGAGUUUCUCACCACUUCGUACUAAAAAGACUUCACAUAAAUCUUUCAUAAUUCAAGCUGCUUACAGUGAUGGUGGGAGGCCAAGCAGUGCAAGCUUUUUCAUUAGUGGAUUCAUUUUGGGUGGACUAGUUGUUGGUACUCUUGGAUGUGUGUAUGCCCCUCAGAUAAGUAAGGCUCUUGCUGGAGCUGAUAAAAAGGAUUUGAUGAGGAAACUACCAAAGUUUAUCUAUGAUGAGGAGAAAGCUUUGGAGAAAACAAGGAAAAUCCUGACCGAGAAAAUUGAGCAAUUGAACUCCGCUAUCGAUGAUGUAUCAUCUCAGCUGCGCUCGGAAGAUGCCCCUAAUGGAGCAGCCGUGAACUCUGAUGAAGUCAAAGGAAUUGAAGCUACUAUUUGAGAUAUCAAAAUAGGUUUCUUGUAUUUGAAUGCUGCUUGUCAAAAGUACAUGAUGUUGAAGCUCAUUCUAUCUUUUGUAGAAGAUAUUUGCCUCAUAUACCUGAACCAAGUUGUCAGAUUAUCAUCUGGUUGAUAUAAGAUACAAUACAAUGCCAAAAGAUUUUAUGCAGUGAACCAAGUUGAUUUGUGUG